CUUUGGAUGGUGCCUGUGCACUAUCGCCUUGUCGCAGUUUUGUAAUUCAUUUAGAGCUGGCAAAUUCAUGCACACCUGCCAAUCGAACAAAUGAUGUGCUAACAACAGUGUGCACUAUUGCGCCCGGACUGAGUGAUGUCAGGACCUAAAGCAACUGUAGAAGCUUCUGGUGUUCAAGGGAGUGCAGAGGAUGAGGAGACAACCCCGCCGCGCCAGCAGGCGCCGGCGUGUGAGCAGUGCGGGGCCGUGGCGUCAAAGUACCGCUGCCCUGGCUGCGGCUGCCGCACCUGCAGCCUGGCGUGCGUGAACACGCACAAAACGGACACGGGAUGCAGCGGCAAGCGCGACAGGACGGCUUUCGUGGGCAUGAAGGAAUUUGACGACAAGGCGUUGCUGUCAGACUUCCGGCUGCUGGAGGAGAUUGGGCGUGCCGACGACGUGGCGCGGCGCUGCCGGCCGCCCGCCGCCAAGCCACAGCUGCCCGCCCACCUGGCCUCACUGGUGUACCAGGGCUCCUGGCGCAGUGUGAAGCUGCUCAUCAUGCCGCCGGGCAUGGCGAAGCGCAAGGCCAACACGACGCGCUACGAUGCGCGCAACCGCACCAUGUUCUGGCGCGUGGAGUGGCGCUUCCCGGGCACGCCCGUCGCCGGCGGUAGCGGCUGCAUCGAGUGUGUGGACGAGCGGGUGGACGAGAAGGCGGUGGUGGGCGAGGUGCUGGCAGCACACCUGCGCCACCCCGCGCCCAACUACGUGCCGCUGCGGCCUUACGCCAAGGCAGGGCUGGACGCGCUGCGGGUGUUUAUGCGCAAGGAGAAGACGCCCGCCAACGCGCCUGCCUACUUUCCCAUCGACACCUCCAAGCCGCUGGCCUCGCAGCUGGCCUCGCGCACCAUUAUCGAGUACCCGGUGUUCAUUGUGGCUCUGCCGCACGAGGCGGCCAACUACCCGCCGCCGGCCAUGCUGCAGCCGCCGCCGCGGCCUGCGGGCCAGCAGCCGGGGGCGCCGCAGCCAGGGACGCAGGGUGUGGGGCCGUCACAGGCUGGCCCGCACAUGGGCGUGGUGCAGCCGCCGCCACCACCGCCGCCGCGGAGGCCGCAGCCCCAGCAACCAUCGGCGGCGCAGCUGCCGCUGUCAGGCUCUGGGACACUGCAAUCGGUUCAUCCACAGGUGCAGCCCACGGCCGCGCUGGGGCCAGCUGCAGCAGCAGGUACCGCUGCCAAUGGCCCUCAGGGCGUCAGCCACCCGGACCAUCACCUCAGCAAGCGGCCGAGGGUGGACGGUGCGGAGCCCGGUGCAGCUGGCGGCGCCGCGGCGGGGCAUCCACCCGGACAGGGCGGCACGGGGUGCGGUACGGGGGUCGCGCCGGUUAGCCCAGGGUUGGGGGCGCCGGGUCAGGGAGCGUCAGCGGCUGGCGGCAAGCCGGGUGGGCCACCUCUGCAAGAUGAGAACGAGAUAGAAAUUGAUGUCGGGGACGGUGUGCCAGAGGGGCUGGUAUUCUACUACGGAGACGACAGCGAGGAGGAGGCGGACGGGCAGCCAGGGACGGAUCAGGGCUGGCAGGUAGGGGGCGGGCAGAGUGAGCGGGCGGAUGCGCCAGGCGCAGGGAGAGCAGAGCCAGUGGGCGGGAGUGCGCCAAGGACGGACGAGAACGAGAUCGCGCUAGACGACUUGUGAGGUUCAUUGCGACAGCUGACGUGGUGAUGGAGGGUAGCUGGCGGUGGUCGGGUGAACGUCCUGUGGGCUCAGGAAAUUGGCGCGUGCUGGAUGACGGAAGUGGCUGUGCCCAGCAGAGCAUUGCUGCAGCAGCUCCGGGUCUAGGCGUAGACCAAAUACAUUGCUGCUUUGUGUGGGAACACUGCGAGUGCGAGAGAGCCUCGGAUGCCCCUCGCCUCGGAUGCCCCCGGGCUGGACAGUGACAGAUCGUUGGCGAGGGCGGGCUGUAGGAAAUCGGCCAGAAGUGUAAAACUGCAGCCUG